GACAAUUAUUACAACAAUUGUUUCAAUGCUAAUCUAUCAUUAUUUUAAAUGGAAACGCCUACUAAACUACUGGUCCUCUCGUAAUGUUAGCGGUCCGAAACCGUUACCGAUUUUCGGUAAUUUAUUGGCAAAAUUUUUCAUACCUAAACCCCAACUGGAAUUGCAAUGGUAUCGACAGUUUGGACGACUAUACGGGACAUACACUGGCGAUAAACCUGACCUAACCGUUGCCCAACCGGAUCUCAUCAAACAAAUACUGGUCAAAGAUUUUCACCGAUUUCGCAAUCGUCGGGAUAACGGCAGUUCCCGAUCCAAUGAACCGAUAGCCAAAAAUAUGUUUAGCUCGCGGGACGACACGUGGAAACGUAUCCGUGCCAUAGCAUCGCCAACGUUUACUUCGGGGAAACUGCGCAAACUUUAUCCACUGAUUGGCCAGUGUUGCGAUGAUUUUAUCGGACAUUUGGAUGGUAUGGUCAAUAACCAACGGGACAGUAGUGGUCGUAUUGAAUUGAAAAAACUAAUGGGCCAAUUGACUAUGGAUGUUAUAGCCCGGUGCGCAUUCGCUACCAAACCCAAUACAUAUACCGAUCAGGCCGAUAGCGACCAGUUUACCCGAUCGGCAAACAGUAUAUUCGCGAUACCCGUCUGGCGAUUAGUAUUGCUGACUGUAUUGCCGACCCGUGUCUGGCAUUGGCUAACGUUUAUUAGUCGACGACUAUUACGCGCAGCCGUCGGUAGUGAUACGGCUGGUCCCGAGUUUUUUGUCCAAUUGGGCCGCAAAUUGAUGGCCGAACGGCGCCACAAUCAGGUCAAACACAACGAUUUUUUGCAACUACUGAUGGAUGUCGAGCACAACAACACCAAUAAUAAUAAUUCAAACAGUGUUAAGCACCGGGAGUCUAGCGACCAGUACGAAGCACAUCACGUCAAUGAAGACGAUACCGAUCAACUCCAGGCCAAUCAGGAAGCCCUGAGCCAUGUAUUGGCCAAACGGCUGACUGAGGACGAAAUCCUUGGCCAAUGUUUCCUGUUUUUCAUUGCCGGCUACGAAACAACUGCCACAACACUAGCCUUCUGUACGUAUGAGUUGGCAUUGAAUCCCCGACUACAGGACAGGCUAUACGAUGAGAUUAACGGUGCGAUCCACGAAAACAAUGGCCAACCAAUAGAUUACGAACAACUAGCGAGUCUACCGUUUCUCGAUUCGCUAAUCGCGGAAACAUUGCGAAAAUAUCCGUUAUUUUUGCGUUUAGAACGGGAGGCCAUGGAUGACAUACAACUGGGCGAUGACGACAGCACUGGUAUUCAAGUGGAAAAGGGAACCGUAUGCGAGAUACCGGUCUAUGCUAUACAUCACGAUCCCCAGUACUAUCCUGAACCCGACCGAUUCAAUCCCGAUCGGUUUAUGCCCGCCAAUCGUCCGCUAAUCAAACCCUAUACAUACCUGCCGUUUGGUUCGGGUCCCAGAAAUUGUAUUGGUAUGCGAUUUGCAUUGUUAGAGUCAAAGCUAACGUUGGCUAAACUGUCCAAACGUUACCGAUUCAGACGACUACCCGCCGAAACCGAUGUCCCCGUUGUCUACAAUAAAGGUAUUGAUUUUUUACAAUCCCGACGGCUAGUGGUUGGCAUUGAAAAACGGGACGAGAAUUAA